AUUGACAAGUUGUAACGCAGUGAAUAAAAAUGGCAAGUGAACGGGUAUACAAAUAUAUUGCGCCUGCAUCACCGGGUGAACUCAUCGACUGUACAAACUACACAAUCGAUUUUGUAAAUCGUAAGUUUUUACAAGUCGGCAUCGAUCCUACACAGGAGUUCAAUGUUUGUGUACGUAUAAUUACUCCGUCGCGUUUUGUAAACAUUUCCGUGGACUUUUUGAAACGUUUAUAUUCAUUGAUGGGUCAUAUUCUAUCACAUAUACUGGAUACUACAGUGAAAUACAGAAGAUUUAUUUUUCUCGAGAAUGAAUUUGUUUUGCUUACGUCGAUGAUAUACAGAGGAGAGUGUAUGUUAGUGAUAGAAUCAAAAGUUGAACAAGGAUGUAGAAUUUUAUUAAGUCCGAAAGAACUAAUGGCAAUUCAAAACAUGGAGUGGACUAUUUUCGAAACCGUAACCGGAAAAACGAUGAUCGUGCGACCAAUGAUUCUAUUACAACUUGAUCAGAUAACGGAAUAUUUUAAAAAUUAUUAUAAAAUUGAAAAAGAAGCGACACUCGAAGAAUUUGUAACAAUAAUCAAAGGAAUUCAAAUUGAAUUAAUAUCUAAACAUGUACCGAAGAACAAAUAUAGUUUCAUAAAUCAGAUAAAACUGCUCGCAACUGAGCAACUAGCAGGCAGUUGGAUGGAGAAACUCAAUAAAUCAUUAAAAGGAGUCGAAGAAAAUUACGGUCCGGAAGAUUUCUUCUCUCCUCCGUUUACUCAAUUGUCUCGACCAUGCAAACAGCCAAAGAAGACGGUGAACGAUGAAUACGAUGGACCAAACAGAGACGAAACAAACAAUUUAAAAGAUUUUUUCGAGACAUAUGAUUCAGGGAAGCCAACAAGAUAGAAGACGAAAACAGUUGUUUUUCUCAAUAUUUGUUUUGAUAUAUAUAAUAUUUAAAAAAUAAAAUCUUUUUUCUCUA